AAUUCACAUACAUCGGACAGAGGUACCAUUCGACAGAGCAAAGCAAGCUCUACAAGAUGGUAUGCAAAAGUUUGCAGCAGUUACGAUUCACCAAAAGAUCAUGCUUCCGCUAGUCAAAUUGCUGAUGCUGAUGCUCCUAUUGCAAGUUACGGUGGAGGGAAAACAAAUUAUUGGGAGAUGCAAAGAAUUUUAUCCGCCGAGUCUUCGAGAUACUGUGCGUACCUGCAUUACGAACUGCAAAAAACUUCAUUACAAGGAAGGCUAUUGCGACAUAAACGACCUCUGUACAUGUGACCGUUGAUCGCACAACAAGCAAGGACGAGUUUUGAAACAGUUAUCCCUUGUUGAAAACGUCUACAUAAACACUUCAGCAUUCACAUCUG